AUGAUUCUGAAAAUCCAUUUCCAUGUCAUUUUAUUUCUUCUUUCAUCGUUAUACAUCACUACUACCAGCUCAGACGAUUUUGACAAGUGGAUAUCUUGGAACGUCAAGAGUUAUCAUCAGAAAAAGACCGUUUUGGGAACCAAAUGGAACUUGGCUGCACCAGAUUUGAAACUGAGGCAGGCUGAGAGUGACAAAGUUAGAAUUACAGUUAGCCAAGAUGGUGCUGGUGAUUUCAAAACCAUUACAGAAGCUAUUAAUAGCAUUCCGCCGCGAAACACUAGGAGAGUCAUAGUGAUGAUUGCCCCCGGUGUUUAUAGGGAGAAAGUGAUGAUCCCAAGAACAUUGCCAUUCAUUACAUUCUUAGGGGAUGCUUUGGAUCCACCAACCAUUACUGGAAAUGAUACAGCUUCUGUCACUGGAAGCAAUGGAGCUCCAUUAGGGACAUUCCGGAGUGCAACUGUUGCUGUGGAUGCUAGUUAUUUUAUUGCCAUCAACAUCAAAUUUGAGAGUUUCUAUGGAAUGGAAAUAACUAAAAGAUAA